AUGGCUGCCACUGAGGACGCGGUCCGGCCGCCGGCCCUGCCGUGGACGGUGCGCAUCCAGCUGGCGGCGUUUUCCCUUGCACACCGGCGCGACGGCAGUGUCCGGCGCCUCUUCUGCUCCCUCGCCGACCUCCACGUCGCCGCGAAACGUCGACCGGACGCCUCGGGGGUCCGCUCCGCCGACGUCACCGUCGAUGCCUCCCGCGGCCUCUGGGCGCGCGUCUUCUCGCCCUCGUCGUCGGCAGCCGACGCGCCGCUCCCCGUCGUCGUCUUCUUCCACGGCGGCGGCUUCUCGCUGUUCUCUGCGGCGUCCCGCCCGUACGACGCCCUCUGCCGCCGUCUCUGCAGCGGGCUCGGCGCCAUCGUCGUGUCCGUGAACUACCGCCUCGCGCCGGAGCACCGCUUCCCGGCCGCCUACGACGACGGCGUGGACGUGCUCCGCUACCUCGACGCCAACGGCCUACCUGCCGACCUCGCCGUGCCCGUGGACCUCUCCAGCUGCUUCCUCGCCGGCGACAGCGCCGGCGGCAACAUCGUGCACCAUGUGGCCCAGCGCUGGACGGCAGCCAUGUCCACCACAUCAUCGUCACUCCGCCUCGCCGGCGUGAUUCUGAUCCAGCCCUUCUUCGGGGGCGAGGAGCGGACGGAGGCGGAGGUGGAGCUGGACAAGGUGUGUGCGUCGCUGUCGAUGGGGGCGACGGACGCCUACUGGAGGGAGUUUCUGCCGGAGGGCGCCACCCGGGACCACGCGGCAGCUCGAGUCUGCGGCGAGGGCGUGGAGCUCGCUGAGGCGUUCCCGCCGGCCAUGGUGGCGGUCGGCGGGCUCGACCUGCUCAAGGGCUGGCAGGCGCGGUACGUGGAGGCGCUGCGCGGGAAGGGGAAGGACGUGCGGGUGGUGGAGUACCCCGGUGCCUUCCACGGCUUCCACGCGUUCCCGGAGAUCGCCGACUCCGGCAAGCUCGUGGCCGACAUGAAGCUGUUCGUCGAUGAGCAUCGGUAUUCGUUCUCCCCGGACGAGCAUGAUGUUCAGCCUGAUGAGGUUGAUGUUGGCCGUAGCGUUGCUGCCCCCGAUAACGUGGCUUGGAAAAAUAGGAGGCAGGAGUGGACGGACGAUAUGUACAUUGAUAGAGGCCAUACCAGGAUCUGA